AUGCCAAGCUUCACCAGUGUAUGUAUUAAAAUUAUUUUAAAAUUUUUACGGACUAAGGCAUUUGGUACAUUCAACUCUGCCUUUAUCAACAAAAGCCUUUACCACCAAGAUGAGGAAAGCAUCCUUUUCCUUUUCUACACUAAAACGGGAAAGAAAAAGGCCAACUGCUUGCAUGCAGCCCCAACCCAGCACACGGCUAAAUAUGUCUUCCCCAAGAGAGCCCAAAACCUCGACAACGCCGAGAAAGAAGGAAAAGGCCUGCCCUUCCCCGCCUGGGGCCCCGGCUGGCUCGACGAGGCUGGCUCCGAGGAGGCCCAAAUCUCGACGCCGUGCACGUCCCGCCCCGCCCCGGGCCCCCUCGCGUCCCCUCCGGCGACAAAACCCUCCCGCCGGCGUUCAGCCACGACUGACAGUUACGGCUGCAGCAGCCGCGGCCACCAGGGGCCUACUCCUGGCACCAGCGCCUCCGGACCACGCGCCCCCAAACACUCGCCUCGGCGGCGGGGGGGCGGGGAACGGGGGUGCCGAGCUCGCCACCGAGGGCCCGGAAGGCCGGCCGGGCGACCGAGGACGGGGGGAAGGCAGCGCCGCCUGGCGCAGGCCGCGGCAACACUGACCUGUCGUCGCCCCCGCGCCUGGGCUGCGGCGGCCGCCUCGCUGGUCGUCGUCGCCCUCGCCCGCCGCCUCCGCCCGCCACCGCCUCGUUCCCUCUCGCUGCCGCCACCGCCGGGGCUCAUGCGGGACCCGCGCUUCCUUCUUCGGAAACCAAGGCCGGGAAAGGGGGCGCCGGAGCCGCCAAAAUCCCGGCGUUCGUCGCCAGCCGCCGCUGCCUGUCCACGCCGGGGGUCUGCGGGGCCCGCCUGGCAGGGGCUACAGGCCGCGAGCUAUUCCGAGGAGGAGCCGAGGGAGGCGCCGCCGCCCGCAGCUGAGCGCGCCGGGUCGGCAGAGGUGAAGCCUGCUCUGAAUAUUCCACUUAACUUGACUGCACUAUACACAAAUUUUGCGUGAAGUCUAGAGCAGCAUAUCGGAAUCAUCUGUGAGCUUGCAGAGAUGUGUGUGCCUGAACCACAUUCCAGACCAAUCUCAGCCAGAAUCCCUAGGGGUGGGUCCUGAAAAUCUGCCCUUUAAAAUCUCCCUGCGUGGCUCUAUUGUGCAUGCAGGAUUGAGGACCACUGGACAGAGGCUGUGCAACACGAUCCAAUUCAAGUGUCGCAGGUAACAGACCUGGGUGAAGCCCUGAGGUCACUUCCACUGCACCGAGAGCAGCACUGUCCAGUAGAGCCGCCCGAGAGGGUGGAAACGUUCUGUGUCUGUGUUGUCUAAUGUGGCCGUGCUCGCC